ACAACUGGUGAAGAGCGGAAGACAGAUUACAAACUAGAAACUAAAGUCUAACUCGGGACAGAUAAAGCUCGUCUGCCUGUUGAGCUUUUGGUGAAAGUGCCAAAACAACCGUGCGUAAUUACGCAUUUAAAAAAACACACUAUGAGUGCCACAACCGCCAUGGAAGUCAACGCCGAAGCCAGACGGAUCCUGGCCGUGUCGAUAAGCAAGCUGUACGCCUCCAGGACCCAGAGGGGCGGACUGAGACUGCACCGGAGCCUUCUGCUCUCCAUGGUCAUGAGGUCUGCCCGGGACAUCUAUCACUCCUCCCGGGAGAGCGAGGGGCCAAGCGGCGCGCAGUCGACACCGGAGGAACCGAUGGACACUAGCUCCGGCCCGGGGGAACAAACCGGGCUGCCCGAGCCUGCCCAGCCUGAGCCCCAGCCGGCACUGAACUCCGCCGAGCCGGCCUCUGAGGAGCCGGACAGCGCGGAUGAAGACAGUGAUAGUGAAAUCACUGAGGACAAAGAGAACCUGAGCCCGGCGAGGCAGUCCAGGAAACGCCGGGGCAAGGCGUCGGCGGCGCCUGACUUCCUUCCCAGCAAGAGGGCGAGGCUGGAGCCCGGGGAGGAGAGGUAUGCGGCCCCGCUGGGCAGCUGUCGCGCCGGUGCCGGGGAGUCCCUGACCGCUUUGUCUCUAAAUCGGGUUAUACCUGCCUUCUGAACAGAUGGAGGGAGAAAAUAGCCUCCAAUGGGACUUUGGAGCGGAGUGAUUCUCACUCCUCGUUAACCUAUAAGGGCGGUUUGAUCCCUGGGCGCACCGAGGAGCUGACCUACAUCGGCGGUCCCGGGACAAAGGGAUUAUGGCCGCGGUGCGAGAUCUCCGGGCGAUCGGAGCGUGCCUGCCGGGCUGGGAAAAGCCCCAACAGAGAUCACCAAGCAGAGAGAGAGACACAAGCUGAACCGGGCCGGAGGGGCUGGAAAGUUUGAGGAAGAAACCGAAGGGGAACUGGCUGCGAUGCUUUUUGUUUCCCGGUGAUUCACCUUCAGCAAAAUGAGUCCAAACAAGUGACUGCUGCUGACUCAAAGUGUGUGUGUGUGUGUGUGUGUGAAUCAGCAGAGAGUGAAGUGACUCAGUCAGAGAAGAAGUGAAGUGGUAAACGGCCACAGAGCAACACACGCACACCACACACGCACACACACACAGGACUUCAGGGAAUUUCCUGCCUUUGUGCCGGGCUAUCAGACUCAAACACUGAAAGAGGAAGGACAGUUGAGGCAGACUCACUGCCACACACGCUGCUGUGGACUUUGACACAUAGAUACUACUGCUUGGGGACUGUCCUGUAAACUGUGUUCACAUGGUGCUUUGAAAAGAAAAGAAAAAAACAGGCUGUCCAUAACAUGGUGUUGAAAGCCCAGUCAUCUAAACUCUGUGUUUUCAUGUCACUGAAAUGUUCUUGUUCACGUCUGACCUGUGAAAAAAUAACCGUACCUCACAUUCCAAGCUGCUUUUUUUAAUCGUAUGAUCGAAUAAAUUGUGUAAAUAUUUGGAAUAAACACACUGAAAUGUC